UAUGUUUUUUUACUUUUAAUAAUUUAAUAUAUAUACUUCGAGAAAAUUAUACUUUCAUAGUGAUAAUAAUUAUGACUAGGGAACAAUGGGUGCGAUCCAUUUGAUGUGCUUGGAGCGUUGGUUAGAAGAGAGCAACAAGAAUAGCUGCGAAUUGUGCGGUCACGAGUUUCGUGUGGAACGAACACCUCGCUACAAGAUUCUCCGAUCUGUUAUAGUCUGGUUGUGUCUCAAUCACGAUGACCAUCAGAUGUAUGUUCGUAACGUAAAAGCUGAUUUACUCAGAUGUCUCGUAGUCACCCCAGUAACCAUCGGAUGUUCCUAUAUCUGCGUGGUGGCGGCCGAUUUUUACGCCAUGAAUAAUUACGACAACUUUCCCCUUGCACGAUGGACCACUUAUUCUUUGUUGGCGAUGAUGGCGUUAUUAGUUCUGUCUUUCUUUAUCUGGAUUUACCUGACGAUGCAGUAUCACCAAAAAGCGUGGUUUUACUGGUGGCAGAAAACCAGCGUCGUGAAAAUCAUCGAUUUGAUGCCAGCAAACACGACUUUAAUUAGUAACGCUAGACGCGACGUAAUGGAAGUCUGAAGUAAUCGAUGCUGAAGAGUUCAUUACGAGGCCCUUCGUUUAAUGGAAAUCUUUCC